AUGACAGAAUCCCAGGGUCCACAAAACUUUAAUAAUAAAUCUGAGUUAAAAACUACAGAAGAAAAUUCUAAAAUGACUUCAAAUAGCAUAAAAUUAUUAGCAGGUAAUUCUCAUCCUGAAUUGGCUGAACUUAUUUCCAAAAGGUUAGGUAUUCCGUUAUGUAAAGUUGGUGUGUAUCAAUAUUCCAAUAAGGAAACUUCCGUAACUAUUGGUGAAAGUAUUCGUGAUGAAGAUGUCUACAUCAUUCAAACAGGGAUCGGUCAAGAAGAAAUUAAUGAUUUUUUAAUGGAAUUAUUAAUUUUAAUCCAUGCAUGUAAGACAGCCUCUGCUAGAAGAAUUACAGCCGUUAUUCCAAAUUUUCCAUAUGCCAGACAAGAUAGAAAAGAUAAAUCUCGUGCCCCUAUCACUGCCAAAUUAGUUGCUAACCUAUUAGAAACAGCAGGUUGUGAUAAUGUUGUUACCAUGGAUUUACAUGCAUCUCAGAUCCAAGGUUUCUUCCACAUCCCAGUUGAUAACUUAUAUGCAGAACCAAGUUUCUUGAACUAUAUGAAGUUAAAGGUUGAUUUGGACAAUGCCAUUUUAGUGUCCCCCGAUGCAGGUGGUGCUAAGAGAGUUGCUUCAUUAGCUGAUAAGAUGGAUUUAAAUUUUGCCCUAAUUCACAAGGAAAGACAGAAGGCCAAUGAAGUUUCUAGAAUGGUACUUGUUGGUGAUGUUACUGGUAAGACAUGCUUAUUAGUCGAUGAUAUGGCUGACACUUGUGGUACUUUAGUGAAAGCUUGUGAUACUUUAUUGGAACAUGGUGCCAAAGAAGUUUUCGCUAUUGUUACACACGGUAUAUUUUCUGGUGAUGCUAGAGAAAAAUUAAGCAACAGUAGAUUAACUAAAAUCAUUUGUUCUAAUACUGUACCUGUAGAAUUAGAUUUGCCUGUUGUUGAUCAAGUAGAUAUAAGUCCGACCUUAGCAGAGGCUAUCAGAAGAUUACAUAAUGGUGAAUCUGUUUCUUACUUGUUUAAUUACGCACCACCAGUAUAA